AUGCCGUCGUCCCAGCUAGCACAACUUUUCCAGCCUAUCAAGAUUGGCUCCAUCACUCUCCAACAUCGUGUCGUACUGGCUCCCCUCACGCGCUUGAGAGUCAACUCCCGGCAUGAACUUGGCGUUACCGCAGAGGAAUACUAUUCUCAACGUGCGAGUGUCCCAGGAACAUUGCUUAUCAGUGAAGGGACAGCGAUAGCCCCCAAGGCCGGCGGCUUCCCAAACAUUCCUGGUAUAUGGAGUGACGAGCAGAUCACAAGAUGGAAGAAAGUCGUUGAAGCAGUUCACGCGAAGGGUUCAUUCAUCUUUAUUCAAGUCGCCGCCUUGGGGCGUGGAGCUGAUUAUUCGGUAUUGAAGUCAGACGACCUGAGCUUCCCAUAUAUCAGCGCUGGCGAUGUACCACUCAAAGGUCGCGACCACGAACCGCCCCGCCCUUUGACUGUGCCCGAAAUCAAGGAAUACGUCCAGAUUUUUGCGAAAGCCUCUUCCGACGCCGUUCACAGGGCUGGCUUCGAUGGCGUUGAAAUUCACGGCGCGAAUGGGUAUUUGAUCGACCAAUUCUUGCAGACAAAUGCGAAUAACCGCACGGAUGAAUACGGCGGCUCUGUAGAAAACCGAAUCAGGUUUUCUCUCGAAAUUGUGGAGGCUGUCGCUGCAGUCAUCGGCCAAGAGAAGGUUGGUUUCCGAAUCAGCCCAUGGUCAGAUUUCCAAGAGAUGCGCAUGCCAGACCCGAUCCCGACGUUCAGCGCGCUGGCCACCCGCCUUCGCGAUUCUUAUCCUGAUCUCGCCUUCCUUCAUGUCGUUGAACCUCGCAUAGCGGGCGGUCUGGAUUCGACGGCACCAGUAGAUGAUGAAGAGAGCAACGACUUCCUGCGCGAGAUCUGGGGCACAAAACCGUAUCUUGCGGCGGGCGGUUUUACCAGGGACACGGCCAUCGAGACGGUCGAACAGAAGGGUGGUCUGGUGGUCUUCGGAAGACACUUCAUCUCCAAUCCUGAUCUUCCAACUCGGCUGUUGAAGGGGAUACCCUUAACACCAUACGAUCGCUCAACGUUCUAUACGCCGGACGGUGUCAAGGGCUACACGGAUUAUCCCUUUGCGGCGGAACCACUCGAAGCAGCGAAAGUUGCCGCUUGA